AUGUCUCAUAAGUCAGAUAAAUACGUGGCGGAUUCAGACUCAGGCUCAGAUUCCGAAGAACUCGGCUUCCAACCUCCAAAACAUUUUAAUAAAGUGUCAUUGGGAUCUGGAUCGGGCUUGCCAGCAUCUUUGGAAAAUAAAGAAAUAUGGAUCAUUAAGGCACCAAAAAAUUUUCCCCUUAAAGACCUUAAGUCUUUGCCAAUCUCUUUCACAUCGACAUCAAUUGCCAAUGGGCCAAGUAAAUUCAAGGUUUCCAGCAAGAGUUACCAAAUAAAUGAAGAAUUAUUCUCCACUGGAAGUGAGAACAAGAAGUAUGCUAUUUUAAAUAGCAAGAAGGGUGGUGCGUAUGUUCCAUACGAUGAGCCAGUACAGAGAUUUUAUAAUAUUCGUGAGAGUGUUGAUAUUCCAGAUAUCGAUUUUGACGGCGCCAGAGUGCCAAGAUUGGAUGUAGAAAAAGUAGACGAUUUGCGUAUGAGACACUUCCCUACUGGGUAUGGAGCUGAAGAUUAUGGCAUAGUCGCUUCUGAAAAGAGAGAUGACGAAGGGAAGGUAGUUAAGAAGCAAAAAACCGAUAAAAAGGACAAGACAGAAAAGAAGGACAAGAAGGAAAAGAAGGACAAGAAAGACAAGAAGGAAAGGAAAGAGAAGAAAGAGAAGAAAGAAAAGAAAUAG